ACACAGUAAUUUACGAUAAAUUCUAGUAAAAAAUAUAAGAUUUAUUGGUUUUUUUUCUUGUUUUGAAGUGCGAAUUGUGUUUCAAAGCCAUUUAAUUUUAAGAAGGGCGGGCUAGAAUAUGCAGUUAGAACUUAAAGUCAACAUUUUCAGGUCAGAGUCCAGUGGCACGCCUACGUUACACCCCAGGAUAUCGGUUGUACUUUUAACGAAAGGCACUUUGAGUCUCCAACGCUGCUCCAAACAUUUUUGAUCGGGAUCAUCGACUUUUUUUCGUUAGCUCGCAGUCACAAGGCCUCACCUAAAUGCUAUAACGCUACCGGAUGUAUCACGUGACCAGCACAGCUACCUGUGAAUGUUGACAACGGAACAGUUCUUCAUGUACAGCGUUACGCUUACGAAGGAUGUUAGGCCUAACGUACGAACAAACGUAGUUACAUAGGAAAGAAUUAUGUCUUUCCACCAUGAUUCAACAGUCUUUUAAAAAAAAAUACCUAAUCUAGGAGUCUAGGUGAAGAAGGAAAGCUCUCCAAGAAAUAUUAGGCCAAAUAUCUUUAACGUCCACCAUUCUUUGUGAAAAUGCCGAAAUGGGAGUCUCUUACGCCAUUUUACCAAUUUGGGCUGUCCUGCUGUCUUUUAUCAACAUAGUUCUUCAAUUGGUGGCGCUACCAUCCAGCUAUUGGGCAAAUUUCGAAGCACGUGGUGACCUAGGUAAUGAAAAAGAAGAGGGCCAUUAUGGAUUUUGGACACUCUGCUCAGUGAGAGCGCCACAUUUCACCAUAGACUGUGACCCUCUGGACACAUUCUUUAAGCUACCACCACACAGUGGAGUCGCUGGGGUUCUGGCAAUUAUUCAUGUGUUGAUACAAACGCUUUUCUUCAUAUUUGCUGUAUUGCGUGUAAUACAAGUGGCAAAUAAUGCGCCAAAUAUCUGCCUUCGCCCGAAAAUAAUCUGCCUUGUGAAAGUGACAUUGUCUUUAAUACUAGUUUUCCUCGUUAUAUUAGUGGUUAUUUUGGUCAGUGUCAGAGAAAGUCAGUUUCGUGACUACAUUGUAUGGAAAGGUGAUGGUUUCUGGCUUGAGUCAAUGAACAAGUGUAAAGGCGGAGCGUAUGUAGAGUACUAUCCCUUUCGCAUUGAUAAGCUCUCACGUGACAUUCCUUUAACCAAUUCUUCCAAUUAG